AUGCAGGUAUCGCGGAAAACAACGAUCCGUGCGUUUCGGUGUUGUUUACAGGAUACAUCGCGGCCCAGCCCCGGCAGUCUUGAGGCAGUACCCAUCGAAGAUAUGGAAGUGCGAGGCUAUGCAUGGAGCCAAUUCGAUGCUGUGGAAGCGUGCCUCGAUGAUCCGGAGAAGAAGAAGAGACAGUCUACGCUAUGCAGCCAGUUGGUUUCGAGUACAGCGCACCUAAAAUUGGCAUCACGGACUGGGUUUGACAGCUAA